AGAGUAGUAUAGUAAGGGUUUUUUUUUGCUUCUUUGGAUUUGGGGUUUUGAAUUUCAUAUAUCAUAUCAUAUGUGUGUAUAUGUAGAGAGAGAAAGAGAGAGAUGCGAGAGAAAGGUAUGAAAUUGAAGUUACUGUUACUCCCGCGACGCCAUUGCAACCUCCAUCUUCUUCUCCUCCUCCUCAAUUGCUACUACUACUACUACUAGUACAUACAUAUACCCACUGUUACAGACCUCAUAAAGGCCCUUCCUUUUUCUUUCUCUUUUUUUGAUUCUUAUUUAGGCUUAUUGGAUUGAUUGAUCACUCUGUUUCGCCAUCUCUGUUUCUUUCUCUUUCUACCCGAUUCGAGACCUUUUUCUCUGUUCCCUCCUCCCCCCCAAGAAUCUCAUCCGAAUUCAAUUGAUUCCCAGUAUAUCUCUGCUAGUUCUAGGGUUUUUCUAGGGUUUUCCUUCUACUAUGCUGCUUAAUCUUUAUUGGGUCUUAUUUACUUUCCCUGACCGAUAGUCUCUUCGAUCCGAUUGCCCUUUACCGACUGGUAUCCAACUUGCCCUUUUGCUUGAAAAAGGGGAAAAAAAUUGUCUUUCAUGGCGUAUCACCAUGUUCCAGUUCCGAGUUCGGGAUCGAGUUCCAGUUCUGGGUAUCAGUUUCUCAAUUCCCCUUUUGGGGAUACUACUUACACCAAGGUUUUCGUGGGUGGUCUCGCUUGGGAGACACAGAGCGAGACUAUGAGACGAUACUUCGAGGAGUUUGGGGAUAUUCUGGAGGCCGUUGUCAUCACUGAUAAGAACACUGGACGAUCCAAAGGCUACGGUUUUGUGACUUUCCGGGACCCGGAGGCUGCUAGAAGAGCUUGUGCUGAUCCAGCUCCAAUCAUCGACGGCAGGCGCGCAAACUGCAAUCUUGCUUCCCUUGGCCGGCCUAGGCCACCUAUCCCCUAUGGACGUCCAAGACCUGCGGCUCAAUACAUAGGAAACAUGCAAACUGCUCGUGGGGGUUAUGUUGGAAGUUUUGGGUACCAACAACAACCACUCUCUUACAACUACCAAGGGCUAAUGUAUCCACCUUAUGGGUAUGCAACAUAUGGACCAGAGUAUGUGUAUCCACAGGGUGGUUACAAUCCGUAUGCCGGUCAGCAAUAUCUUCAGAUAUAUGGAGUACCUGCGGCAGUUAAUACAGCUGUCUAUCCAUAUGGACAAGUAGGUCAAUCUGUUCCUAGUGGUCAGGGUUAUACCAACAUGCAUGGAUAUACAAUGCAGAGUCAUCAACUAGUGCAGUUUAGUGGACCCGGAGUGAAUGCUUUAACAACUUCACCUAUGCCUACAAUGCAAGCACCCUAUCCUUCAGGUAUGGCAGCACCUGUUAUGGCCCAACCACAGUUUAUAGUUCCUGCUCCAUCUCAGUAUGUGCAAGGUGGCAGUUCUGACCAAACAACCGGGUGAGGGGUUGAUUGAGGUAUCUCCUUAGAUUGCAGCAGGACUAAGAGCAGGGGAACUGCUACUUGAGUGGCAGGCUUCGAUCUAGCCUUGCAAAUUGUUUGUUUUGCAUUCUAGAGGUAUAAUUGAUUGUGGCAUUGUGACAUAUACUAUUGGUCAUACAUAGUCAUGCUCACCAGAGAAGUCAGAUGUCUGUGUCGUCGCUCCAGAUGGGUGGAGAAGGAUUGUGGAGGAUGGCGGGGCUGUUCUUCCUCUAGGGCCUUUCCGUUUAGCAUAUCUAAACCCUUGUAAACUUCCAUUGCUCAAUCAGAGCUGUCAUGGAUUGGUGGGUGCCGGAUACGGAUUCUGGCCACCCAGUAGGAAUAAGAACUAUGUAAAAAAAAAAGUCUACACGUUAGAAUCAACAUAUGAUUCUUUUAUAGCUUAGUCUUCCCAGCAUUUUGGGUGUAUAGAGUAGAGUCUCUGGUGUUAUCUGUCUUCGUGGGUCCAUUGUCCAUUGUUGUUUAAAUGUGAUAUGUCUUAAUGUGCAUAUCAGUCCUAGGAUUUUUUUUCCUUUUUAAAUAUCAAAAACUGAACUCCUAUAAUCUGGAUGAUUCUAGGGGGCUGGCUUCGAAACCAAAGCAGAAGCUUCAGGUAUUUAUUUAAAAAAAAUUAUUUUGUGUGCCUA